UAAACAAACAAAGCAAACCAGUUGCAACACCAGUUAAAACUUCCCCCUGUUGCCAAUCGCACGAGUCAGCCGGAGCUCACCACUUUCAGAGAGAAGCUGCUGCUGCAGCUUUCUAAUAAGAGGAUCUGCACGUUUCUCCUCCGUCCUCACCAGUGGUUUUCAGAACCAGCAACAUUUCUUAACACACAAAUGAACAGCUAAAAACCCUUUGCAAAUGAUGGAUGCAACUUCAGCUGGUUUACCAACCAUUGGUCCACACAAGGAAGAAUUCUGGAGCAAUCGAAGCAACCUGGCCAUAAACGCCUCAGAAAGUCACAACGAUGCCAGCUGUUCCUUGGAUGACAACAACUCACUGUCACUCGCUUUGAUAGUUUUUUACUCCAUCGUUUUUGUCGUUGGAUUGGUUGGAAAUAUUACAGCCCUGUUUGCUUUCCUGUGCGUUCAUCAGAAAAGGAAUUCCAUCCAAGUCUACUUGCUGAACGUGGCUGUUGCAGACCUUCUGCUGAUCUUCUGCCUUCCCUUCCGGAUACUCUAUCACGCCACCAACCGCUGGAUGUUCGGGCAGAUUUUCUGCAAGGUUGUGGGAACUCUGUUUUACACCAACAUGUACAUUAGCAUAGUACUGUUGGGACUAAUUAGUCUGGAUCGUUAUAUAAAGAUAAAUAAGUCUGUGAAGCGUCCAAAGAUGUUGACCACUACCCGGAGCGUGCAGAUUUGUUGGACCGUGUGGGCCAUUGCACUGACAGGAUUUAUAGUGGUAGUUGCACCAUCUUUCCUAAAUACUGAGGUCACCAACUCUACCAAGUGCUUUCAUUACCGAAGCAAACAGAACGCAGAGAAGACAGAAGCGAUUUUAAAUUAUAUCACUGUACUGAUUUUUUGGAUAGUUUUUUUCCUUUUGAUACUUUCCUAUGUUAAAAUUGCCAAGAAUCUUCUGAAAAUUUCGAGGAGAAGGGCAAAUUUUCCCAAUGCAGGAAAAUACACCCAGACAGCAAGAAACUCCUUCAUUGUCCUCAUAAUUUUCACCAUCUGUUUUGUGCCUUAUCACAUGUUCCGGGUUGUCUAUAUCACAUCACAGCUGCAAUCCCCAUCCUGUUACUGGACAGAAAUCAUUCACACGUGCAAUGAGGUGAUGCUCAUAUUUUCAUCAUUUAACAGCUGCCUAGACCCAGUUAUGUAUUUCCUAAUGUCCAGGAGUGUCCGUAAGACUGUAUUCCAACUGAUUUGCAGAAAACUUCAUGGAGAGUCAAGCCUAAACCUGGAAAGCACUUCAGACAUAAAACUUGGCCAAUAUGCUCAAGAGCGAUUAUCUACCACCACUCCUUACUCCAGCUACUCAAGGAAGAAGUCUAUUAUUUGAAUGUUUAAAGGAAUCUCUAUCACUCCUGGCCACCAAGUUCAGAUCGCAAAGUCUUCGACUCUACAGCUACUAAUUCUGCAUCUUUCCUCCUGUUAAGAAAAAUGAGAAGUCUUACUUCUGUUUGUGAAAAUGAGAAGUUACUUUACAGAAGCAUUUUUUCACUCUUGUUUAUCCAAGAAAACAAAUUAGGAAGUUCUCAGACAUUUUGUACUGGACUAAACUAGAACACUAACUUAGGAAGAUUUCCACAAAGGGGUUUGAAGCUGUAAAAGUGAACUUGUAUAUACACAUUAAUAUUAGUAGCUUGUGUAAAUAAUAGAUGAAUUUUGCAAAAAGUAAAUUGUCCUAUUUGAAAGAUCUAGAUACCAUUACAGAUUUCAUAUAUUUUACGGUUUUCUCUGUUUUGAUGGGUUUCCAAAAGAUCAGUAUUCUAACUAAAUUUAUAAAUGUAUUUUUAAAGAAAAUAUUUGAGACUUUAGCAACAUGCAUCUCAAAAUGAGGUGAAGAAUACAACAGGUAUCAAUUCAGUUCUAAGUACAAAAGACACUCUUAGCUUUCUUAAGCAGCAAAUUUAAAAUAUGCAAUCCUACCAAGGCCAUUGCAUUUCCAACAUUUUAAUGAGUGUCAAGGUCAAACACCUGAGGAGAAGCAAGCAACGCUUUCAGAAAAUUCAAGAUAAUGAAGGAGAGAUGACAGGUGGGUAUUUCCUAGGAUUUCCUUCAAUAUGACAAAUGUGAUGACUGCAGCUACACAAAGUAGUUUAGCAAGGAACAUAAACUCACAGAACAGAGCAAAAAGAUCAGCCAGGCUCAGCCACUGGUCUACUCCUAGAUUUCCAAAGCCACACAUUCCAGCUGCAUGCUUCCUCCCUGGCAGGAGUCUUUUCUUUCCAUGUGAUUAAAAUAAUCUAGAUAAUUGCUGAUGCCAUGUGUGCAGCAAUGUAACAGCAACGUUUCACAGCUACAGCUAUAUUCUCAGAUUAAAACUAAACAGCUUUAUGUAUUUAGGCACAAACAAAUUUCAAACUGUAACAUUUCUCAAGAACCAGAGAGCUGACGGUGGGGGAUGUCUGGCGAAAAGAUGACUAAAGCAGCACAACCAUGAAUAACUUAAAUGUCUGGCAUAAAAGUGAAAGUGGCCUUACCAGAAAAGUGAAAGAAAUAGAGGCCAGACAUCAAGCUCUGUAAAAUAUGGAUUUAUUAUCUUGACACAUACAAACAAUACUGCUCAAGUGAAAAGGUGUAAAGAAGUUGGUUUUAGUAUGACUACCAGUAACUUCUCUAAUGGAUCAUGUAACUUUUAAUGCCAAAUCUGUGCCAAAAUGAGCAGAUUUUUACUAAUUCCAUGCAAUAUUCUGAUUUUACAGAAGAUACUCAUAAUACCCUGAUUGAAUAAAGUAAACAUAAGGCUUCACCUCUGCUAGAUAUAAACUUGGUUUAAUUUUGAUGUGAUUUUACAUUAUUCAGAUUUGAUGGAACUGGAUAUAAACAUGUUAAACAAAUUACAAUGUCUAGCCAGUCUAUUUUGUUUUCUAAUUUAUUUUUUAAAUUAAAAAAUUAGGGUUUCUUAAUCUUCAAAAGAAAGAUUCCCACAAACAUGUAAUUUCAUAAAGAUAUGAUGGUAACUGCCUUUUUUCUUAAACAUUUCAGCAUACAGUGGAGGUGUUUGUACAAUAUUCUGUCUGAUUCUCACAGUAAUUACAUUUCAUGAUCUUUUAUCUAUAACU